CGUGACCCAAGAUGGCGGCGCCCAGGGAGGCGGAGGAGAUGCUUUGAGCGAGUGGAAGGUCUAUCCAGAAGCUCUGUUACCAUGUCGAAGAUCUCUCGUGCUGCUAAAGCGCUACCAAAGGUGGAGCCUGGGAAUGUGAUUCGGUCAAUCAUUCGAGCUGGACAGGCUGUUCCGGGACCCCCCUUAGGGCCCAUCCUUGGGCAGAGAGGCAUCCCCAUUGGACAUUUUUGCAAGGACUUCAACGAACGGACCAAGGACAUCAAAGACGGGAUCCCGUUGCCCACACGCAUCACUGUGCACCCUGACAGGUCAUACGAGAUCCAGAUUAACAAGCCAACAGCCAGCUAUUUUCUGAUGUCGGCAGCUGGGAUCGAAAAGGGAGCAUCAAACCCCGGGCAAGAGGUGGCCGGGAUGGUGACGCUGAAGCAGCUGUACGAAAUCGCCCUGGUGAAGUCUCAGGACCCGUGUUUCGUGCUGCGGGACAUGCCGCUCGAAAUGGUCGUCCGGUCGCUCUUGGGCAGCGCCCGCUCGCUGGGCAUCAAGGUGGUCAGAGAACUGAAUCCGGAGGAAUACGGUGUCUUCCUGAAGCAGCGCGAAGAGGUGUUGGCAGCCGCGGCUGAAGCCAAACAGGCUGAACUGGCAGCGCUGAAGAAGAAAUUGGCUGCCUCCGCCAACGUUUAGCGCCCUGGGAUCCGGAUCUCUGGGCAGCACCGGCAGGCUGAGGGUGCCAGCGUGGGUCUUGUCCCCAUCCACUUUGCGCUGGGGGCGAUGGCCGGUUUGGGAGAGGAAGCAGGCGGGAGCCCCGAAGGGCCGUGCUCCUGGUUGGGACCUGGCCCACACUGCAGGUUCUGGUGUCGUUAUUGUCAGUCCCUUGUAAGUAAAUCAUAACAAUCCCCUGA